CUGGCCCCCUUUGUCAUUCCGGUGGCCGCGGCUCCCCGGGCCGGGACCGCUUUGGCCUGCAGGCCUCCCCCCGCCCCGGCAGCCUUUCAGGUCCUCUCUGGUCUCCUCCCGCUCACCAUCAUCCGCCUCAUCACCACCAUCAUUAUCAUCACCAACCAUUUCUCCGGUUCAUGUGGUCUUUGUAUGUGAAAGCAAGCCGGACCAUACCACCAAAAGCAUCCCAGCCAUCUCCUGGGGAGAUGAAAAUAACCGCCUGUGACAGGCUCCCCGUCCCCCCUUGCCAGCUGCUAGCUCCUCUCGAAGCCUCUGCUCCUCACCCUGGCCCACGAUGCCCUCCGGAAGCAGCCCCUGAAUGACCCCGAUGGAGGCGCUCCCAGCCAACAGCAGCGGAAGGCCACGAGCCCCCGGCGGCCCCUUCUCCCCAGAUGACUACGAUGAUGAGUUCCUGCGCUACCUCUGGCGUGACUACCUCUACCCGAAGCAGUACGAGUGGGCCCUCAUCGUGGCCUACGUGGCUGUCUUCCUUGUGGCCCUAGUGGGCAACGUGCUGGUGUGCUUAGCUGUGUGGCGUAAUCACCACAUGAGGUCAGUCACUAACUACUUCAUCGUCAACCUGUCGUUGGCCGACGUCCUGGUCACGGCCAUCUGCCUGCCGGCCAGCCUGCUUGUAGACAUCACAGAGUCCUGGUUCUUUGGCCAAACCCUCUGCAAGAUCAUCCCCUAUUUGCAGACGGUGUCCGUGUCCGUGUCCGUGCUGACCCUCAGCUUCAUCGCACUGGACCGCUGGUAUGCCAUCUGCCACCCGCUGCUGUUCAAGAGCACGGCCCAGCGUGCCCGUGGCAGCAUCCUGGGCAUCUGGGCCGUCUCACUGGCCAUCAUGGUGCCCCAGGCCGUGGUGAUGGAGCGCAGCACGAUCCUGCCCGAGCUGGCCAACCGCACCCUCCUCUUCUCCGUCUGUGAUGAACGCUGGGCAGAUGACUUGUAUCCCAAGAUUUACCACAGCUGCUUCUUCAUCGUCACAUACCUGGCCCCGCUCGGCCUCAUGUUCAUGGCUUACUUCCAGAUCUUCAGGAAGCUCUGGGGGCACCAGAUUCCUGGGACCACCUCCGCCCUGGUCCGGAACUGGAAGUGCAGCUCAGUGCAGCUCCCGGGACCCCCGGCCCCUGCUCGGGCCAGCGCUUUCCUGGCCGAGGUCAAGCAGAUGCGAGCGCGGAGGAAGACGGCCAAGAUGCUUAUGGUGGUGUUGACCGUGUUCGCGCUCUGCUACCUGCCCAUCAGCGUGCUCAAUGUCCUUAAACGGGUGUUUGGAAUGUUUGCCAACACCAGUGACCGGGAGUCCAUCUAUGCCUGGUUUACCUUCUCCCACUGGCUGGUCUACGCCAACAGCGCUGCCAAUCCCAUCAUCUACAACUUCCUAAGUGGCAAGUUCCGAGAACAGUUUAAAGCCGCUUUCUCCUGCUGCCUCCCUACCUUUGGCUCCUUUCAGACGCCCAGCUCCCGCUCCACCAGUCAGAAGUCCCUGUCCCUGCAAAGCAAGUUCACUGUUUCCAAAGUCUCUGAGCACGUGGUGCUCACCAGCGUUACCACCGUGCUGCCCUAGAGAGAGCUGCAGCUCGACACCACCACCUCCCCUCUUCCCAUCCCUGCCUGGCCCCCACCCCUGACCCUGGGCCUUCUCCUUUGUCCUUUUGAUACCCCCCCUCUUUACAACUGGAUAUACCUCUCCAAGCCAAAGGAGGAGGAGAAGGAAGGCUAGGGAGGGGCAGUCAAAAUGCCCAAAUUUGGAAGGAAUGGGGUGGGGGCUGGGGGUGUUGUGAUUGCAAAGAAAAUGGCUCAGGUGAACAGUAGCCAUCUUCAGGCAACUGGAGGGGCCUCCCCCUCUUCACCGCCUCACCGAGACCCUAAACAGUGAGACAACAGGAAGCCGUAGUUAGACGUCAGGGUAGGAAAACACCAGAACUGGGACCUUGUGGCAUCUCUCUCUAACCCAGGUCUGAGGCAGGGGGCUGGCCCACCUGAUCCCACUAAAGUCCCUUCCAGUUCUAGGAUCCCCUGAUCUGCUCCAAGCUGAAUCUUCCUGCCACCGAACCCUUGUGUCCUACCGGGUUUCUGGAGGUAGGACAACUUUCUAGAACUGAACAAUCUGAAGAAACAGCCGCCUUUGGCUUUGUUCUAAAAGCAACA